UUGCCUUAAAAAAAAAACAACCCCGAUAUUACAUGAUUGUUGUGAUUCUACUCGUUAAAUAGGCCAUAAUUUUCUGCAAUAGGUGCGGAGGUUUCACGUUUGAUGUAAGAAGUCCCGAAAGUAGGUUAACAAACAUGAUUCAUCCCCCAAGAUAUUCUUUUAACAAAUCAUCCAAAUUAGUCAAUCCAGUAACAGUUGAAUCAGCUUUUGUGGAGACCAAACAAACUUUGCCACGAUUCAGUUACCCAAAAACCUGCUUCUCUUUCCGACUUUUCACUUCACCAAACGUGUUUCUCUUCAUUCUUCACAACUGAAAACACCACAAACACAGAUAAUAAGGAGUGAAAAAUUGGAACACAAAGCACAAAGGAAAGCUAUGAAAACAGUGACUUCGAGUUUCUUCAAUGAUCAAACUGUUUUUCUCACCACUAAACUUCUACGUUGGACUAUUUGUUCUCUUGUUCCAAUAGCUUUGUUUCUUAUAUACUUCUACCAUAUACCAAUUCUACCCUUUUCUCCAUCUUCACAAUCUGACUUCACUCAUUCCAAUAUCAUUUCUCCCUCUUCUUCACCUUCAUCUUAUUUUGCAGAAAAGAAAAAAACUUACCAAAACCAAUGUGAUUACUCAAAGGGAGAUUGGAUCAAAGACACUUCAAGCCCUUUAUACAAUGACACAACAUGUGGCAUGAUAAAAGAAGGAAGAAAUUGCAUCAAACAUGGAAGACCUGACUCUGAUUAUCUUUAUUGGAGAUGGAAACCAACUGAAUGCUAUCUUCCAAGGUUUGAACCUCACACUUUUCUCAAACUCAUUAGCAACAAACAUAUCGCUUUUGUUGGAGAUUCAAUGGCCAGGAACCAAUUAGAGUCUCUUCUAUGUAUGUUAGCAACUGUUUCAGUUCCUAAUCUUGUGUACCAAAAUGGUGAUGAUAAUCAAUUCUCCAAGUGGUACUUUUCUUCAUACAAUGUAAGUGUUUCAUUGUAUUGGUCUCCAUUUUUAGUUCAAGGUAUUGAAAAAUCAAGCACAAGGCCGAAUAAUGAGUUAUAUUUGGAUCAUGUGGAUGAAAAAUGGGCAAAAGAUAUGAAUCAAAUGGACAUGAUUGUGUUAUCAGUUGGACAUUGGUUUUUGCUUCCGGCUGUUUAUCGUGAAGGUGAUUCUGUUUUAGGGUGUCAUUAUUGUCCUGGUCUUAAUUACACCGAUAUCGGAUUUUAUGAUGCACUGAGAAAGUCUAUAAGGACUACUCUUAACAGCAUAAUUGAUAGAAGAGGUAAAGGAAUUGAUGUAUUUGUGACAACAUUUACACCACAUCAUUUUGAAGGUGAUUGGGAUAAAGCCGGUGCUUGUCCGAAGACUAAGCCUUAUAGAAACCGCGAGAAGGAAGUUGAAGGAAUGAAUGGUGAGAUGAGGAAGGUUGAGGUUGAAGAAGUUGUGGCUGCUAAGGUUAAAGGGAAUAGAGUUGGAAGGUUUAGGUUUGAGGUAUUGGAUGUAACAGGAUUGGCUUUAUUGAGACCGGAUGGUCACCCCGGUCCUUAUAUGAAUCCUUUUCCAUUUUUUGAUGGUGCUAAAGAACGUGUGCAGAAUGAUUGUGUUCAUUGGUGUUUGCCAGGACCGAUUGAUACAUGGAAUGAGAUAUUUCUAGAAAUGGUAAAGAAGUGGGGGGAAGAAACUAGGAGUGAAGAUUGAGAUGUUUCUCAUGUAUUGUUAAUUGAUACCUUGCUGUUUAUAUUACAUGUUAUUGUUCUUGCAUUGGAACAGAAAUUUUUUGUUUCAGGUUAGGUAUCAAAAGGAAAUAUUUAGAUAUUGAUA